ACCAGGGGGUGGAGGCAGAGCGAGCAGUCCACGCCCCGCCGCCCGCCCGGAGUUUCGCUCACUUGAGGCGCGGGCAGCGCGGACACCGGACCCGGACCCCUGGGCGGCUCCGCAGCGCGGACACCGGACCCGGACCCCUGGGCGGCUCCACAGCGCGGCGGUCCCGGCCCACACCGCCAGGUGCCGAGCGAGCUGCCCACUGGGCGAGGGAGCGCGGCCCACCGAGCCGGGUGCGGUGAGCGCGGAGCGGCCGGCCGCUGCGGGCCAGUCUCCCCGAGCCUGCCGAGCUGUCCCUGCGGACUCCGUCAGGCUCCGGCGUCCUUCCCGGGUGCGACCCUGCGAGGCGGCGCGAAAACAGAGUAACCGGAUUCCAUCACUGUUUUCUUCGGCCUCGAGCUUGGAGAGAUUUGCCGCGAAAACGAAAGUACAUAACUAUCUGGUACGUCUGCGCGGAGGCAACAGCGGCAACGGGCAAGUUCCGCGAACUGGGAUGCGGGAAUGGGUGGGGCCUGAGAUGGGCGGGGCUCCAGGUGAGCUGGGGGCGGGGCCCCGAAGUCGAGCGGCGAAUGGCCCAUCGGGUGGUGGGUGGGACCCGCGACGUUCCCGGAAGUCGUUGUGAGUGAGCCGGGAUUCCCGGAAGUCGGUCGAGUUCCCCUUCCCCGCUCUUUCCUGCCCCGGAGGAUUAGGUCGGCGGGCUCCCCGAGAUCUUCCGGCCAAAGGAUCCCAGCUUGACUCUUCAAGCGAGUUGGGCGGACACAGGAAAGGAAAUGUUACCUAGGCCUAGAAACAGACGCCCGCGCUCCCGGAAUUCGGGCGCAAGGCCGACUGUCCAAGGCUCAGCCGCUUGCUCCUCGGAGCUUUUGGCGAAAAGCCGUACGAGGGCGGAGACCUCCCCUCUGGCCACGAAAGCUGUGUGACGUUGGACAGGACCUUGGGUUUUAUUAUUUUGGUGGGAAUGAUGAGCUUUCAUUGCGGUUUCAGGCACAGCUCUGAGGUGAAGAAAAGGUGGUGUGUUUUUGAGCAUUCUGAGCAUCGGAAGGAAACCAGACAUGUCCUUGGAUGACAUUAAGAUGAAAUCCAGUGACUUCCUGGAGAAGGAGCACCUAGACAGCGGGGGCUUCGGGAAAGUGUCUUUGUGUUUCCACAGGUCCCACGGGCUCGUCAUACUGAAGAAGGUGUACACGGGACCUAAGCGGACAGAGUACAACGCGUCCCUCCUGGAGGAGGGCAAGAUGAUGCACAGGCUGAGACACGAGCGGGUGGUGAAGCUGCUGGGCAUCAUCAUAGAGGAGGGGAACUACUCCCUGGUGAUGGAGUACAUGGAGAGGGGCAACCUGAUGCACGUGCUGAAGGCCGAGAUCAGCAUCCCUCUUUCUGUAAAAGGAAGGAUAAUUAUGGAGAUCAUUGAAGGAAUGUGCUAUUUACAUGGAAAAGGUGUAAUACACAAGGACCUAAAGCCUGAAAAUAUCCUCGUUGAUGACAACUUUCACAUUAAGAUAGCUGACCUUGGCGUUGCGUCCUUUAAGACGUGGAGUAAGCUGACUAAAGAGGAACACAAUGAGCAGAGGAAAGCGGACAGUCUCUCUAAGAAAAACGGUGGCACCCUCUACUACAUGGCGCCCGAGCACCUGAAUGACGUCAACGCCAGGCCCUCGGAGAAGUCGGACGUGUACAGCUUUGCCAUAGUACUGUGGGCAAUAUUUGCGAACAAGGAGCCAUAUGAAAAUGCUAUCAAUGAGCAGCAGCUGCUCAUAUGUAUUAAAUCCGGGAAUAGGCCAAAUGUGAAUGAAAUCAUUGAGUACUGCCCAAAGGAGAUUAUCAGCCUCAUGAAGCAGUGCUGGGAUGCGGACCCAGCAGUGCGGCCAACAUUUCCUGGCAUUGAAGAACAAUUUAGGCUUUUUUAUUUACAUAAUUUAGAAGAAGAUAUAGAAGAGGACGUGCAGAGUUUAAAGAAAGAGUAUCCUAGCCCAAAUGAAGUUGUGAAGAGAAUGCAGUCUCUCCAAAUAGACUGUGUAGCAAUACCUCCAAGCAGGUCAAAUUCAGCCACAGAACAGCCCCGUUCACUGCACAGCUCACAAAGUCUCAGGAUGGGUCCUGUGGAGGAGUCCUGGUUUGCUCCCUCCCCAGACUACCAGCAGGAGGAGAGUGAGCGCAGCCUGCAGAAUAAACUCCAGGAGGAAGCCAACUACCAUCUUUAUGGCAGCCGCAUGGACAAGCAAACAAAACAGCAACCCACACAGGGUGUGGCUUACAACAGAGAGGAGGAAAGGAGACGAAGGGUCUCCCAUGACCCUUUUGCACAGCCAAGACUUUAUGAGACAGUUCAAAACCCAGGGAUGAAAGGCCUUGCUUCUUCUAACACAGCCAGUCCUGGGAAUGCAGUACACCAACCGGCUGGACUGACCUGCCAAUCCCAAGGACUCCACUGGACUCCAUAUAAUCCGUAUGAUUUUAGAGCAAGACCAUUGGGUACAGGAACAAUAGAUUCCAGAUUUUGGUCUGGGCCAAAUGCAAGCCAGAUACCAAGCCUGCAUAAAACUCCAGUGCCUGAGACCAACCUGCUGGGAAACACUCCCACCAUUCCAUUCAUCUCCCUGACAUCAAGAGAUGAGACUGCAAAAUAUGCCAUAUACAACAGUGCUGGCGUUCAGAUUGGAGACAAUAAUCGUAUGGAGGUUGGAGUGAGCUUGCCAUUACUGGACAGCACAUACGUGAACUGGAACGAGCCAGCUUCUAAGUACCAAGAUACCUUUGAUAAUACCACUAGUCUGACGGAUAAACACCUGGACCCAGUCAGGGAAAAUCUGGGAAGGACCUGGAAAAAUUGUGCCCGUAAACUGGGCUUCACCGAAUCUCAGAUUGAUGAAAUUGACCAUGACUAUGAGAGAGAUGGAUUAAAAGAGAAGGUUUACCAGAUGCUCCAGAAGUGGCUGAUGAGGGAAGGCAGCAAGGGGGCCACUGUGGGAAAGCUGGCUCGGGCGCUCUACCAGUGCUCACGCAUAGACCUUCUGAACUCUUUGGUGUUUAUCAGCACGAACUAACUAGAAGCAGCUUCGGCAGCAUGAAGUCAUCUCCUCACUUAGUGGGUGAGCCACUGAGAACGGGCUGCCUCAGACCACCCGUGAAGUCAACCCCCACUUAGUGAGUGAGCCACUGAGAGUGGGCUGCCGCACUGACCUGGGUUCUCUGUCUACUCAAAAAUCAUUCCCUGCAUUUCAUAACUGGAAAUGGGAAAGAAACCUUCAGCAAACAACCCGCUAAACUCAAUGCCUGAGGCUUGAUGAAAAAGAGCCUUGCCCUAGCUGGUUUGGCUCAGUGGAUAGAGCUUCGGCCUGCAGACUGAAGGGUCCCAGUUUGAUUCCAGUCAAGGGGCACAUACCUCAGUUGCAGGAUCCUCCCCAGCCCGGGCCCUGGUCAGGGCGCAUGCAGGAGGCAACCAUUUGUUGAUUUAAGAAAGCUAGGUUCUUAAAUCACAUUGUUUUGGCCUAAUGACUGCUUUCUCCAUUUGUUUCUCUCACAUCGAUAUUUCUCUCAGUCUUUCCUUCUCUCUUCCACUCUUAAAAAAAUCAAUGGAAAAAUAUCUUCAGAUGAAGAUUUAAAAAAAAAGAAAAGAAAAAAGAAGCCUGAUGAGCUUUGAAAGGGAAAGCAGAAAUAUUUACGGGAGAUCAUUUUCUUUUACUUUAUUCCGUAACCUCCAAUUAUGCUAAAAAAUUCGGAAAAUGUAAACUAAACCAACUUUCUUAUUUUGUGCUCUUUUCUCCACAUAGGCUCCUAUUAUAAACAAAGUAUAGAAAAAAACCUAAGUUUUCUUUUUUUUUUAAAUAUAUUUUAUUGAUUUUUUUUACAGAGAGGAAGAAAAAGGGAUAGAGAGUUAGAAACAUCGAAGAGAGAGAAACACCUAUCAGCUGCCUCCUGCACACUCCCCGCUGGGGAUGUGCCCGCAACCAAGGUACAUGCCCUUGACCGGAAUCGAACCUGGGACCCUUCAGUCUGCAGGCGGACGCUCUAUCCACUGAGCCAAACUGGCUAGGGCUAAGUUUUCUUCAAAUAUAUUUUUUGGUAUCACUACCACAGUUCAUUCCAGUUACAGGGUCUGUUAACAUCAGUAUGAAAUGCUGUAUCAGUCACUACAAGCUUCAAGAAUUGCAUGCAAUAUCCACACCACAAAUUAACUGAAGGGAUUUUAAGGUGUACUAAGAAGGGGAAAAAUAUAUAACAAAAACAUCACAAUUUCCCAGGUAGUUGCUGCAAGAAAUUGCUACUAAUUAUGACAACUACAAAAAUUCUUGAUUAACUUUUUAAGUUCUUUUUUUUUAACAUCCUGGCACUUUAGGCACUUUCCCAACCUGUAUGCCCUGAGGAGUCAGCAGGCUAUGACCAGAGUCUCAGGGCUGAUCACUGUUGAAUAGCUCCCCAGUUUACCACCACCACGCCCCCCCUCCCCCGCAGUGUGGUCAGUCUGGCUGUUGGACAGAUCCUAGUGUUUGGUGAGGGCUGAUAACUGUAUUGUUGGUUCUGAUUCUAAAUCUCCCCCAGCAGUUACACACACACACACACACACACACACACACACACACACACACACAACAGAAAUGGGACUGUAGAGCAGAAUUUCUCCAUCCCAGCACCACUGGCAUCUUGGGCCGGAUCGCUCUUUGCUGUAGGGCACUGUCCUGUGCAUUGUAUGAUGUUUAGGAACAACCUUGGCCUCCACCCAAUAGAUGCCAAUAGGCCUGUUCUCCCCCUCCACCCCUCCUCAGUUGUGACACAGAUGUCUCUAGUCUAGACAGUGCCAGAUGUUCCCUGGAAGGGCAAAAUCACUCCCGUUGAGAAGAGCCUGUGAUAAAGUUGGUGAACCUCAGUUUUCUCACCACACAUUUGCAGGCUCACUACUUAGUUGCCGCACAGUAUUGAUCACAAAGACCAAAAGGAAAAUGAGGGGAAUGGGUCCCAGGCUUUGCUAGUGGGGGCUGGGUGAGUUCUUUUCUAAAUGUAUCCCUGUACCUCUGUCUUAACAGUGUUGUAAAAUCUUUAUCUUCCAAGGUGAUUGAAUGAUUAUUGAUAAGAGGCAAAAGUGGCAAGUGUUUUUAUUGACUUUUUAAGAAUAAAAUUUUGUACAUUAAAUGUAA